AAUAUCCACGAAAACCAAACAUUCCCUUCCCCGCCAGCCGACCCAAAUUCACCGGCCAACAUGCCAUCGGAGGAACCAAUUUCCCGGCCAUUUCUCCCAACCCUUUUCCUCCUCCUCUGUCUUUUCUCAUUAGCCACCUCAGAUGAGCUUCAAACUCUCCUAACCAUCAAAACUUCCUUAAAAAACUCGAACACUUUUGUUUUUGAUUCCUGGGAUGCUAAGAUUCCUACAUGCAAUUUCACAGGAAUCACUUGUGACCCUGCCACAAAACUUGUUAAAGAAAUUGAACUUUCCAAGCAGAACCUGAGCGGCCAGGUUCCUUUUGCUGCAAUAUGCCAGCUGAAAUCAUUGGAAAGGCUUUCUUUGGGGUUCAACUCUUUGUCUGGACAAGUCACAGAGGACUUAAACCAGUGUGUGAAUUUGAGAUACUUGGAUUUGGGCAACAACUUCUUUUAUGGUUCUGUACCGGAUAUUUCGGCCCUGAGCCAACUCAUGUACUUGUACAUGAAUUUGAGCGGAUUUUCUGGUACUUUUCCUUGGAAUUCUCUUGACAACAUGACCAAUCUUGUUGCAUUGAGCCUUGGUGACAACCCUUUUGAUAGGACACCGUUUCCUCUUGGGGUUGUAAAGCUUAACAAGCUGAAUGUGCUAUAUCUAUCCAAUUGUAGCAUUGACGGGAAAAUUCCACCAGGAAUUGGGAAACUCACUGAGCUUAGAAACUUGGAAUUGUCCCAAAACUAUCUUUCUGGUGAAAUUCCGGUGGACAUUACGAAGCUUCAGAAUUUGUGGCAGCUUGAACUUUAUGGGAAUGAGUUGACCGGGCCAUUACCAGUGGGGUUCGGAAAUUUAAGCAAUCUACAGCGUUUUGAUGCUUCCUCCAAUCAUCUUUCUGGUGACCUUUCAGAAAUAAGGUUUUUGACGAAAUUGACGAGUUUACAGCUCUUUGAGAAUGAGCUAACUGGAGAAUUGCCGGCAGAGCUGGGGGAGUUUAGGAAUCUGGUGAAUUUUUCCAUUUACAGGAACAAGCUGACAGGCCAGAUUCCUCCGAGUCUUGGCUCCUGGUCGGACUUCAAUUUCAUUGAUGCAUCUGAGAAUUUCUUCACAGGUCCAAUCCCACCUGACAUGUGCAAGAAAGGGACCAUGACGCAGCUCCUACUCCUCCAGAAUAACCUCACCGGAGGAAUCCCAGAAACCUAUGCAAAUUGCUUGACCUUAACUCGUUUCAGGGUCAACAAGAAUUUGCUUUCUGGGGUGGUUCCUAAAGGCUUAUGGGGGCUACCUAACGUUGGAAUGAUUGAUUUGGCAAUGAAUCAAUUGGUAGGUCCUGUUACUUCUGAUGUUGGAGAUGCCACAUCUUUGGCUCAAUUGCUUCUUUCUGAUAACCAAUUCUCUGGUGAAUUGCCAUCAGAAAUUUCCAAGGCUUCUAAACUGGUUUCUCUUGAUUUAAGUAGUAAUCAAUUUUCUGGUGGGAUUCCAUCAACAGUUGGGGACUUGAAGGAGUUGGACGAUCUUUAUCUCCAGAACAACAAGUUUUCUGGUUCCAUUCCAGACUCUUUGGGCUCUUGCGACUCCCUCAAUGUUAUUAGUUUGGCUUACAAUUCCCUUACAGGUAAUAUUCCAGCGUCUUUUGGAUCUUUACAGACCCUGACUUUUCUAAACUUGUCCAACAAUCAGAUCUCUGGCCAAAUUCCUGGGAGCUUGGCUUCGCUGAAGCUGAGCCUUCUUGAUCUUGCUGAUAAUCGCUUAAGCGGUCCCAUACCUCAGUCUCUCGCCCUUGAGGCCUACAAUGGCAGUUUUGCUGGAAACCACGGUCUUUGUGGCCAGAACUUCAAGGAUUUUCGUCCAUGUAAGGCAGAUUCUAAAGCUUCAGGGAAGCUCAGAGAGCUUCUAAUUUGCAUUCUGGCGCUGGGAAUUGUAGCCAUGCUGGCUUCACUAGCAUGUUUCUGGUACCUAAGAAAGAAGGGCUUGAAGGACGGUAAUCGAUCAUGGAAGGAAGAUUCAUGGGAUUUAAAGUCAUUCCAUGUUUUAAGCUUUACGGAGGAUAACAUUCUUGAUGGAAUCAAUCAGGAUAAUUUAAUAGGGAAAGGUGGUUCGGGAAAUGUGUACAGAAUAAGACUACAAAAUGGCAUAGAAUUGGCCGUGAAGCAUAUUUGGAAUUUGGACUCUGGUGGGAAGAAAAAGAUGGAAAGUACUACUCCUAUGCUGACAAACCGCCGGAGCAAAUCAUCAGAAUUUGAUGCUGAGGUCCAAACAUUGAGCUCUAUAAGGCAUGUUAAUGUGGUGAAAUUAUACUGCAGCAUAAGUAGCGAGGAUUCUAGCUUGUUGGUGUAUGAAUAUAUGCCAAAUGGGAGCUUGUGGGAUCGAUUGCAUACUUGUAAGAAGUUGGCUCUUGACUGGGACUCUAGGUAUGAGAUAGCUUUGGGUGCAGCAAAAGGAUUAGAAUACUUGCAUCAUGGUUGUGAUCGGCCGGUCAUUCAUCGCGAUGUUAAGUCCAGUAAUAUUUUGCUGGAUGAGGAUCUCAAGCCAAGAAUUGCUGAUUUUGGGCUAGCAAAGAUUGUUCAGGCCAACGCAACCACAGAUUCCACGCAUGUUAUUGCAGGAACGCAUGGUUAUAUUGCCCCCGAAUACGGUUACACUCACAAAGUGAAUGAAAAAAGUGAUGUUUACAGCUUCGGAGUCGUCCUAAUGGAGCUUGUAACGGGUAAAAGGCCGAUUGAGCCAGAGUUUGGGGACAACAAGGACAUAGUCAGCUGGGUAAGCAGCAAGUUGAAGAGCAAAGAAACCGUGUUGAGUAUUGUGGACUCGGCUAUCUUAGAUGGUUACAAAGAAGAGGCUUUAAAGGUCUUGAAAAUAGCCAUUCUUUGCACCGCCAGACAACCUGUGCAAAGGCCUACCAUGAGGACUGUGGUUCAAAUGUUAGAAGAUGCUGAACCUUGUAAACUAGUUGGGAUUAUUAUCAGUAAAGAUGAUAGUAUCAUGAGGAAGGAAUUGAAGGAGAAUGAGAAGGUGUAACUCAAGCCCCCCCUAGAAGUAUUGUAUGAUGUACCAUAUUAACCAGAGCCUUUGUAUUGUAUCAUAUAGUUAGCUAUUGGCCAAACUGCCAAAUGCUUGCUUCUUGUACAAAGAGAGUGCGAUUAGGGGCAUAGAAAAUGGCCCGCUUUUGAAUUAGAAAUUUGGUUCAUAUCAGCUGUUAAAUGCACAGGUCGCCAGUCUGCAUAAUUAUUGCAGCCCAUAUUCCCACAGCA